UGUGAGGGGAAGAUGUGACUGUCCCACUCAAAUUGAUUGUCUUCACCUCUCCACGUCGCCAUGGGUCUUCGAGGAUCCAAACUACCUGAAGUCCAAGUUCUCCUGCUGGGCCUGGAUAACGCUGGGAAAUCGACACUCCUCUACAAACUGAAGCACAACGCGUGUGUCAACACCGUCCCCACCAUCGGCUUCAAUGUGGAAAUGCUGGAGGCGAGAAAGAGCAGGAAGACCAUCGCCCUGACUCUGUGGGAUGUGGGUGGUCAAGGGAAGAUGCGGGAGCACUGGAGGAGUUUCCACCAGGACGCAGCGGCCGUGGUGUUCGUCGUGGACAGCUCGGACAGGACGCGUCUGGAGGAGGCGCGCAGGGAGCUGGACAAGACGCUGAGGAGCGAGCAGCUGACGGGACGUCCGCUCAUUCUGCUCGCUAACAAACAGGACGUGAACAGAGCUCUAACAGUCACUGAAAUCAAGGACAGGUUCAACCUGGAGAAGAUGUGUCACGGUCGGGACUGGUUCGUUCAGCCUUGCUCCGCGUCCACGGGAUUUGGAGUAGAAGAGGCCUUCAGGCGAGUGGUCCAACUGGUCAAACUCCCGUCAGACCCCGCUGCGAUGAAAGACAAUAUCAAGGACACAGUGCACUACCUCAGAGCAAGCAGCAGACCUUAAGGUUUAUUUAUGUAAAUGUGUUGAUUUUGUUUUACAUUUAAAGUGCUUUACGUCAAAGGUAAAUCAUAUUCAAAGAGAUUUGACCUUUUUCUUCAGUGUAUCAAUAGGAACAAUCGCCCGUCAAUAAACCGACCAAAGAAUAAGUAAUAAACAACAGUAACAAGUGCAACUACUGAACGUUGCACGUUGCAAUAAACAGUGAGUAGAAUAUAAGGCUAUCGUUAUGGUAUCAUGGGCAUCACAGGAAACAAAGGACGCCAUGAUAUAUCAAAACAACUGUGGAACAAGAUGUUUUCACUGGUGGGUGCAUAUCUUCUUUCAAUAAUUAAACAGAGUUCGAUUAUCUGUCGUUGACACCUACAAGCACAAUAAAGUCUUGAGUUCACAGGUGUCUCACAUUUCAGUAAAGGUCAAUAAUGAACAAAGGUAGUGAAGCAAAAAUAAGUUUUUAAAGUUUUGGUGAUAUGCACUGCAGCACUGAUCCAUUUUGUAAACAAUGUAUUUUGUUGUUUAUCCUUUCAGUUCGACAAUGGUGCACUUUCAUAUGUUGGUGACCUAUUAAUAAAUACAUGUUUUUCUAUUUCUCCUGGUCAAGAUAUUAAUAUGCAGCUAUAAA